AUGGAUGAGUUUCUUGCAACGGUGGGCGUGCAGGCCAUGAGAUAUGCCAUCAGGUCCGGCGUUGCUUUAACGUCGACGUACGCACUCGGCCAGUGCUCGCGCCUCUUAAAAUCCGUCGACGACAAAAAGCUCUACGCCGAGCUCAAGACUCUCCAGACGCUGCUUGACAGCAAGAUGAAGGUCAUCACGCCAGCCAUUGACCUCGUCGAGCUCAAGUCCGGCCGGGGCAACGUCUUCCUGGAAUCCGCCGUCCCUCUCACCAAAUCCCUCCACCAAGAAAUCAUCUCCCUCGGAAGGAGAAUCGCCUUAGUCGUUGCCAUCGAGGACGACACCCAAGCGACGAAUCGCGGUUCAGCCAAGCAGCGUGAUGGACGGCACGCAAGUCUCUGCCACGUCAUGGCCGACAUGAGGAGUCUGCUGGAUCGGAUCGACCGCGAAAUCCCCUUGCUGCAGCUCGCCAUUACAGCUUCCGGAGAAUCCCUAUCGACAUCUUUGCCAGCCAGCAUUUCACCCUCAAGGCUGCUUCAAAUUGGCCCAGCCUUCAAUCUGUCGCUCUACAUGCUGUUCCUAGGCCACGCGUCGAUCAAAACCAGCAGUCCUGGCUGCGGCAAGCAUCAGCACCCCGUUUAUGGCCUGGGACAUGACGACAGAAAACCGCUCUGGCAGGAGGUCAUCCACAAGGCGAGAGUACGACUGUGUCGAUCGGCACAGUCCAUCGCUGGCAACGGUAAUGGGCUCGCGCACGGCCAGAUUGCUCGCGGGGACAGUCUGGAGUUUUCCUACUAUUUAGAGAUCAUCGAAAACCUGGACGAUGGCAGAGUGCACGACGGGGCCGAAACUGCGUCUCCAUUUGAUGGGGUCUCGAGUGCGGGGAUUCGAGAACAUAUUCCCAUCCAUCAGCUAUCGAAAAUUUUCUACACCGACACGGGAAGGAUACUUAACUUGGGAAAAGCAGAAAUUGGAGAGAGCAAUACGGUGCUUCUCCUCAAACGAGACAUGAGGGCGGCUCGGCCAUCGGGAGCUGGGGAUGACCUGCAUUUCGACCCCGAGUGGAUAGCCUUGGAAGUAUGGGAGGACAACGCAAUAGGGUCGGACGAGAGUGAAACGGACGGGGGAUCAGAGAGCGAAGCUGAAAACACAGAAGACAGCGCCCAUACGCCAAAAUCGAAAUCGGCUGCGCCACGAGCUUCCCUUGACCUGAUAUUGGCUGCUCAGAUCAGAAACCUCUCGCUUCAGCCAAGCUCAGGCCUCGGCGAGUCGCGAGACAGCAUACUGCCCAAUACCAUCACCUCAUCCCUGUCCCUCAUAGAAAUGUUGAUCCGCCUGGCUGGACUCCAGGAGUUUCAGCAAGCGUCACACCUUUCGAUACCCGAUCAUAUCUUGACCUUUUUCCUGGAGGAGACGUCGACGACUGGCCUCUCUGGUGAGGCGCGACGUACGGUGCGCAGCGAGGCGAAACGGCGCGUUGGCUUUGAUCCUUACACAGAUACCCCGGCAGAUUAG